UGAAUACUGUCCUGCCAGCUGUGGUCAUGUGGGCAGAAUUGAUGAAUACUGUCCUGCCAGCUGUGGGCAGAAUUGAUGAAUAUUGUCCUGCCAGCUGUGGUCAUAAUUGAUGAAUAUUGUCCUGCCAGCUGUGGUCAUGUGGGCAGAAUUGAUGAAUACUGUCCUGCCAGCUGUGGUCAUGUGGGCAGAAUUGAUGAAUACUGUCCUGCCAGAUGUGGUCAUGUGGGCAGAAUUGAUGAAUACUGUCCUGCCAGCUGUGGUCAUGUGGGCAGAAUUGAUGAAUACUGUCUUGCCAGCUGUGGUCAUGUGGGCAGAAUUGAUGAAUACUGUCCUGCCAGAUGUGACCAUGUGGACAGAAUAGAUGAAUACUGUCCUGCCAGAUGUGGUCAUGUGGACAGAAUAGAUGAAUACUGUCCUGCCAGCUGUGGUCAUGUGGGCAGAAUAGAUGAAUACUGUCCUGCCAGCUGUGAUCAUGUGGACAGAAUAGAUGAAUACUGUCCUGCCAGCUGUGAUCAUGUGGACAGAAUAGAUGAAUACUGUCCUGCCAGCUGUGAUCAUGUGGACAGAAUAGAUGAAUACUGUCCUGCCAGAUGUGAUCAUGUGGACAGAAUAGAUGAAUACUGUCCUGCCAGAUGUGAUCAUGUGGACAGAAUAGAUGAAUACUGUCCUGCCAGCUGUGAUCAUGUGGGCAGAAUUGAUGAAUACUGUCCUGCCAGAUGUGACCAUGUGGGCAGAAUUGAUGAAUACUGUCCUGCCAGAUGUGACCAUGUGGGCAGAAUUGAUGAAUACUGUCCUGCCAGAUGUGACCAUGUGGGCAGAAUUGAUGAAUACUGUCCUGCCAGAUGUGACCAUGUGGACAGAAUUGAUGAAUACUGUCCUGCCAGAUGUGACCAUGUGGGCAGAAUUGAUGAAUACUGUCCUGCCAGAUGUGACCAUGUGGACAGAAUUGAUGAAUACUGUCCUGCCAGAUGUGACCAUGUGGGCAGAAUUGAUGAAUACUGUCCUGCCAGCUGUGGUCAUGUGGACAGAAUUGAUGAAUACUGUCCUGCCAGAUGUGACCAUGUGGGCAGAAUAGAUUAA